CCAGUGAGAGGUAGGUGUGUGUUAGUGCCACACUGUUUGGGCCUGAGCAGAAGCCAAUAACAGAUAAAGACACACUUCCUCCCUGGAUUAUUCCUCUCGGAGUCUGAGCUGAAGAGCCAAUAUGAAGAAGCUCAGCUUUCCUUUGCUUGUGCUGCUGUGCCUCAGCGUGGCUUUGGACUACACCGUUCAGCUAGACAACAGUGCCUUCCUCAUCUACAACGAGUCUCACAACAAGUGUGUGAAGGUGGUGAGCCCCAACAUCGCUCAGGUUGCAGACUGUGACCCGUCCUCUGAUGCUCAGCGGUUCCGCUGGAUCUCCUCUUCUCGGAUCCUGAGCGUCUCCCACAAGCUCUGCCUGGGCGCUCAGGACCUGAAAGAAUGGGUGAGGGUUAUGCUGCUGCCGUGUAACGAGCUCAGCCCCAUGCAGACGUGGGAGUGCAAGAACGAGACCCUGUUCGGGCUUAAGACUCAGAACUUGCAUUUUAACUAUGGAAAUCGCCACGAGCCCAACAUCCUGCUGUACGCGGGGACGGGGAGCUGGAGCCGCUGGCAGGUGUACGGGACCAAGGACAAUCUGUGCUCUCGAGGAUACCAAGAGAUAUUUACCAUCGGUGGCAAUGCUUUUGGCAGCCCCUGCCAGUUUCCCUUCAUGUUUGGAGAUAAGUGGUAUGCUGAGUGCACCCUCGAAGGUCGGUCUGACGGCCAGCCCUGGUGCGCCACAGAGACGGACUACAAAAAGAGCAAGAAAUGGGGCUUCUGUCCCACACAAUCAACAUCAGGUUGGGACAGUGAUCCAAUAACUGGUGUGGUGUACCAGAGGAACACUCAGUCAGUACUGACCUGGCAUCAGGCCCGUAAGAGCUGCCAACAGCAAGGUGCCGAUCUACUCAGUAUUGUGGAGCUACAUGAGCAAACAUACAUAUCAGGUUUGACUAAUAUACUUGGCUCUGCUUUGUGGAUUGGACUGAAUAGUCUAGACUUUGAAAGUGGCUGGCAGUGGAGCAACGGAAACCCGUUCAGAUAUCUGAACUGGGCUCCUGGCCACCCUUCACUGGAGCCUGGCCUGAACUGUGUGGCACUGAAUGCUGGGAAGGCGUCUAAAUGGGAGAGCAUGGCCUGCAAUAAGAAACUGGGCUACAUUUGCCGAAAGGGAAACUCCACAUCUACCAUUACGCCUUCUGGGGUUAAUGAUCAGCCCAGUUUCUGCCCCACCACAUGGGUGCCGUAUUCAGGCCACUGCUACUCUAUCCGCCGCAAUAAGAUGAUGUGGAGAGAUGCUUUGUCAGCCUGUCAUAAAGAUGGAGCAGAACUUGCCAGCAUUCACAACAUAGAGGAGCACAGCUUUAUCAUCUCACAGAGUGGCUACACACCCACUGAUGAAAUAUGGAUAGGUCUGAAUGACCAGAAGACUCAGAAUUUGUUUGAGUGGUCUGACAGAACCCAUGUGACCUUUGCUAAGUGGUUGGUAGGAGAACCUUCACAUGCCACUAACCUCAGAGAGGACUGUGUUCUCAUGAAAGGAAAGGAUGGAAAGUGGGCAGACCACAUGUGUGAGAAGGAGCAUGACUUCAUCUGCAAGAAGAAAGCCUCUAUCAAACCUGCAGGAUCACAUGAAGUCAUCAGUCCUGGAUGCCCCGCUGGUUGGAUCAGGUACAGCUCUCACUGUUACAGCAUUGCUGUAGAAGCCAAGAAGUUCAACGACGCAAAAACAACAUGUCAGCAGAGUGCAGCUAGCCUAGUGCAGGUUUCUGGCAGGUACGAAAAUGCUUUCCUGGUCAGCCUGAUCGGUCUGAGGCCUGAGAAAUAUUUCUGGAUUGGUCUGUCCAACACAGAGCGAGCUGACCGUUUCCAGUGGACCAACAAGGAGACUGUGGCAUUUACACAUUUUAAUGUGGGACUGCCAGAUCGCCGCCAGGGUUGUGUUGCAAUGCAAACUGGGACUUCAGCCGGAUUGUGGGACAUACAGUCGUGUGACACAAAACAAAAGUACAUCUGCAAAAAAAUGGCAGAAGGUGUUACUACAACCAAAGAGCCCCCUACAACCCAACCUCUCAGCUGCCCCUCUAAAUGGAUCAAAAAAGAUUCUACCAGUUGCAUUAGGGUGUAUAAAUCUAAAAACGAAGAUAAGAAGACGUGGUUUGAGGCUCGUGAUUACUGCAGAGCCGUGGGAGGUGACCUGGCUAGCUUCCACUCAGAAGAUGAAACCAAUGCCCUACCGUAUGGUGGGAGUUCUGAUCCUGCAUGGAUCGGCUUUAGCUCUCUGGAUACUAAUGUUGGCUUUGUGUGGUCAGAUGAAACCCCAUCUAACUAUGAUAACUGGAGCUAUGGGGAGCCCAAUAACUACAAUGAUAUUGAGCACUGCACGGAAGCUAGUUUCUACUAUGGUCAUAGGUGGAACGACAGGGCUUGUGAAUCGUACAAUGAUUGGAUCUGCCAGAUACGACUGGGUACAACUCCAAAAGCACCACCUACGCAAUCCCCUCAAGCGAAGUUUAACAUUACUGAUGAUGGCUGGAUCCAGUUCAAUGGCAGUCAGUACUAUAUAAAUACUGAUCGGCUGUCUAUGGACGAUGCUCGUGCAUUUUGCAAGAAGAACCAUUCGGACCUCGUUGUUAUUACUGGCCAGACUGAGAGAAGGUUUAUAUGGAAACAGAUUUCAAGAGGCACUGAGGAUCAGUACUAUAUUGGAAUGACAGUGGGGCUGGAUAAAUCCUUCAGUUGGGUGGAUGGAUCACCAGUUGUUUAUACAUCAUGGGAUCAGAACGAGCCAAACUUUGCCAACAAUGACGAGAACUGUGUUACCAUUUAUAAAAGCAUGGGAUUCUGGAACGACAUUAACUGUGGAGUAUCAUUACCGUCUAUCUGUAAAAGAAGCGCUAACUUUGCCACCAGCACAGCAGCACCCACCACUAUACCAAAAGGAGGCUGUGCCCCUGAAUGGACCUCUUUCCAUGGAAAAUGUUAUAAAUUUGUAGGGAAGGACAGUGAAAAAUCAUGGCAUGAUGCUCGGCAAUACUGCAUCAGUCAAGGAGGCAAUCUUGUGUCGAUUCGGAGUCAUGCAGAACAAGCAUUCCUCACCACUAUGAUGCUUAGUGCGUCUGAUGAUAUGUGGAUCGGCUUGAAUGAUGUUAACUGGGAGAUGCGCUUCCUUUGGACUGAUGGGAAAGGUGUUACUUUCACCAACUGGGCCAAGGGUCAUCCAGUGUCGAUUCCUGAUGGACGCAGAUCAUAUGGAGCUGAUGCUGAUGAUUUCUUUCGGCCCAUGUGGGAACAUAGCAGGGCUAAAAGGAGUAUGUGGAUUGAAGAAAUAAAGUUUGACUGUGUCAUUAUGGUGAAGGAUCCAAGCAGGAUGACAGGCAUGUGGAAGGUUGAAGACUGCAGUGAGAAGCGAGGUUUCAUCUGUAAGAGGAAUAUCGACUCUCAGAUACAAGUGCAACCAACAACAGUGUCAUCAAAGGCCUAUUUUGCAAUGGGAAAUAACUCGUAUAAGCUGCAGACAGAGAAGAUGAGCUGGGACGAGGCCAGGAGACAGUGUAAGGCGGACGAUGCUGACUUGGCCAGUGUGCUGGACACAGUCACAGAGGCUUUGGCCAUGCUCAGGUUCAACAGAUUCAAAGAGCCAGUGUGGAUCGGCCUCAACAGCAACCUGACGAGUGGACGGUACCGCUGGGUGGAUAACUGGCUGCUGCGCUACACCAAAUGGGCACCUGGAGAACCGAAGAGGAAUCUGGCCUGUGUGUACAUUGACACAGAUGGAACUUGGAAAACAGCAGAUUGUAGCAACACCUACUUCUCUCUCUGCAAGCGCUCCUCAGAAAUUGCCCCCACUGAGCCCCCUCAGCUCCCCGGAAACUGCCCUGAACCAAAGAGACACAAAACCUGGAUCCCAUUUCGAGGACACUGUUAUGCUUUCUUGGCUGCCAGGAGUGAGAACUGGGCCCAUGCUACAGUGGAGUGUAUGAGGAUGGGUGCAUCAAUGGUGAGUGUGGAAGAUGGACUGGAAGCCGCAUUUAUCCAGAGGAAUCUUGAGAUCCUUCAGGAUGAUUCCAAAUCAUUCUGGAUUGGCAUGCACCGUAACCACGAAGGCGAGUGGAUGUGGAUUGAUAACAUGGUGGUGGACUACACUAACUGGGCACCUCGAAUGCCCACUGCUUACGGUGACUGUGUAGAGGUCAGAUCAGACAGUGGCUUAUGGUACACAACACGCUGUAGCGGCUACAGAGCCUACAUAUGCAAAACUGAAAAAGUUAUACCACCAACUGAGAAGCAACCAGGUGUUGCGCCCAUUGUGGGAGAAGCCCCUCAUGGCUACGCCGGCAUUGCUGUGGCAGUAGUCUUGGUGAUAAUUGCUGUGGCCGGAUUGGCUGCCUUCCUGUUCUUUAAAAGGCCAACGCUGCCCGUGGUUGGAGAGUGUACAUUUGACAACACUCUUUACUUUAACAACCCGGCACGAGCGAGCAACACUGUUGACACCAAGGGACUGGUUGCCAACAUCGAACAAAAUGAGCGUGCAUAACACCCCUCUACCCACAAACACACACAGCAUUAAACUGAAUUAAAACACACAGGACUACACUGUGUUGCAGGGUAAACAAGACAGACACACACACUGUAUUUCAUAUUAGCUGCUUUGAUUAGAAACAAUUGGUCUGUUACUGGAGAUCUGUUUAUUCUGAAGAAAGGGAAAUCCAUAUAAAGCAAAUGCUCAGAAAUUGUAUAGCAGUGUAUUCAUAUCAUGUAGCAUCAAAAAGCUGUUUGUUGUUUCUGUUAUUGUCUGUUUCAUAUGAUUUAUUGUAAAUAAAUGUCUACAAAAAUACAAAUAGAA